CUUUCUCUUCUUUUCAGCAGAGGACUCAGCUGCUGCCGGACACAUUUCCUUCCUGCUGCCCUGGGAGUGCACUUCCUGGCCACCAUGGCUGAUCCCACAGCAGAAGAGCAGGCACAGCACGGCGCUGAGCUGUGCUGUGAAUGCGGUCAGUUCCACCUCUUGCCGGACAAUCAUCUCUACAACUUCCAGAAUGAAGUGGACGAUGAACUCAUUUGCCACAUCUGCCUUCAGCCUCUGCUCCAGCCUAUGGACACCCCCUGUGGGCAUACGUACUGUUUCAAGUGCCUUGAAAACUUCAUGCAGGAGUAUAACUUCUGUCCUAUGGAUCGGAAGAAGCUCUCUCUCCAGCAGUGCCACAAGUCCAGCCUUCUAGUCCGAAACCUGUUGGAUAAGCUGGUUGUCAUCUGUCCAUUCAAGGCAGAGUGUCAGCAGACAAUGCAGCGGUGUGAACUAGAAGCUCACCUGCAGAACAGGUGUCCUGGUUUCAAGAAAUACAAAUGUGAACUACAGCGGAAAAGGAACCCUGUUUCCAAAGGGAAGGAAGAGCCCCUCACCAAGGUGGAGACAAGUGCUCCCAGGGAUCCAGAGGUGCCCAGGGAUCCAGAGGGACCCAGUGGAGGAUCCCCGCUUGUAGCAGAAAGCUCUGCAGCUGCUGUGGUGUCACUAGGGACCGCAGAGCCUGGACUGGUUAACCCAGCUUUUGAGGAGACUGAAGAAGAUGUUCCUCAGAGAGCUAGCCCUGUGGCUGAAACGAGCACAAUUGAAAUUCACAGAGAAGAUCCAGAGGAAGAGCUUGGGAUGAGAAUAGUGGGGGGUAAGGACACCCCACUAGGAAACAUUGUUGUUCAGGAAGUCUUGCGGGAUUCUGUCAUUGCUGCAGAUGGAAGAAUAGCACCUGGGGACCAUAUUCUUGAGGUGAAUGGUGUCAACAUCAGCAGUGUGACUCACUGCCAAGCUGUGUCCUUCCUGCGCCACCCAGGUCCUGUUCUCCACCUCAUUGUCCUCCAAGAGAAAGGCUUUUCCAAUAGGACUGCACAGCAGGACUCCACUUCUGCUACGAAUCGGGAAGUGAUCCAUGUCACCUUGAUAAAGAGAGACCGAUCGGAACCCUUGGGAAUCAAACUGAUCAGGAAGACUGAUGAGGCAGGGAUUUUUAUUCUGGAUCUGCUCGAGGGAGGUCUGGCAGCCAAAAAUGGGAAACUGAGUCGAAAUGACAGAGUCCUGUCUAUAAAUGGCCAGGAUUUGAGGCAAGGAACACCUGAGACUGCCGCACAGAUCAUCCAGACCAGUGAAUCCAGAGUAAACUUCGUAGUCCUGAGGCAGCCAGGUGUGCAGCUGUUGGACCCAGGGGAAGAUGGCAGCACGUCAAACAACAGCAGCAGCAGCAGUGGGGGAGGAAGCCCAGUGCACCACAGGAGAAGGCUAGAGCAGAGUCACUACAGACGGAAGUCCAACUACCAGAAGGAAUUACCUCCGGGAUAUGUAAGUCAUGAAAAGACAGUUGCAAUAAAGAAGGAACCAAAGGAAUCCCUAGGAAUAACAAUUGGAGGUGGACGAGAUAACAAAAACAAGCUCCCUAUAUAUGUAACAAGUGUACAGCCCAUCGGGUGCCUCUUCAGGGAUGGCAGAAUCAAGCGAGGAGAUGUACUUCUGAGCAUAAAUGGCAUUGAUUUGACUCAUCUGAACUACUAUGAAGCUGUCUCAGCACUGAAAUCUAAUGCAGCUUCCCACUCGGUCAUACUGAAAGCCUUGGAAAUCCUUUUAACAGACCCCACAGAUCCCUCUCUAGACAUCAAGGAGCGAGGAUUCAGCUGGUCUCCCCUCUGGAUCACAUGGCUUGGAUUGCCCAGCUACCUUCACUGCUGUCAAGAUAUUGUCCUCAGCAAAGGCAACCAGGAAAGCUGGGGCUUCAGCAUUGUAGGAGGCUUUGAGGAGAGCAAAGGAAACCAGCCCUUCUUCAUCAAAACCAUCGUGCCUGGGACGCCCGCCUGCCGCAACGCAAGGCUGAAGUGUGGAGAUGAAAUAGUGGCAGUAAAUGGCGUACCAGCAGUUGGAAUGAGCAACUCAGAACUAAUCCCAAUGCUGAAGGAGCAAAAGAACAAAGUGACGCUUACUGUGGUAUCCUGGCCAGGGAGCCUUGUGUGAAAGCUGUGACAAAUCAUGCAGCAGCCUUAAGGAUCAUCCUUGGUAUCAGAUAUUUGCUGACCACCACGCUGAGCUGAACACGACAAGCUGAGGGAAUGCUGAACUCUUGCUGUACAGCACACUGCCUCAUGACAAUGACUUUCACUUCAUUUUUGGAGAAAACAUUUCUUUACCGUGUGGAGGUUGCCACCGACUGAUUGUUAGAUUGAAGGUAACGGUGACUCAGAACACUUGUAGCUUCUUGGACUCAAUAGAGCUUUUAGUAGUGGUGUUGCAGUGCUUCUCUACGACUCACCCAUCUUUGCUUUUUAGUUUUAGAACUCCUCUUUCCAUUUGAUGUUUGGACCAGGUUAAAACAGAUGUGACUGGCCUGUUUCCCCUACUAGUCCAUGAAUACCACUUGGCUGCUGCUCUCUACCUUACUGCCAUACUGGACACUGAAUCAUUUUAUACGUUUAUAAAAGCCACUAAUAAAACUGUGGGGAUGCAGUCCAAUUAAGCAGGUAGCCCACAGCUUUAUGUUCUUAGGCUGCUUCCACCUACUGAAUGUUUUUAUACAUCAAAGAAGUUUGCAGCUGAAGAGCUGCCAACUCAGCAUGGCAGGGCUGCGUUGACUCCUAUGACGGUCCUAUCACCAGGUAGCAGAGAUGAAGAACUUGGGUAGUUUAUCAAUUCCCUCAGCUUGAUGUCUCUGGUUUUAAGACCUGACGAGUGACCAGCUUUUCCCAAAGAAGGCAGAUGGCUAAGAAAGCAGGUUUGUUGAUGAGAAGCUGUUUGUCUUUUAGUUUCCCAGCGUUGAGAGGCAGAGCUGAGGCAGCAGGGACAAGAUGUGCUUGCAGCUCUGUCACUGCUGUAAGAAAUUGCAGUGUGCUGUGUUGGAAUCUCCAGGAUAGGACACCUCAGGCUUCAGUUCCAACACACUGCGUAGGUUAGAAUGAAAGAAAUGAAGUCCCAGCAGGUUGGUUUGACCUCCAACCUGUUAAAUUCCUACCUGGAAACAAAUUCUACUUGAAGCAAUUCCAUCUUUUUUUUUAAGUUGCUAAUUAGCAGUAUAAGAAACAGAUCUUUCUCACAUCAGAGAUCUGUCUGUGCUGUUUCUGCUGUACCUUUUAUGGAACCAGCUCAGACUGUAAGAUUAAUCAAAGGAGUCUCUUCUGUAAAAAUGCUACCUAGAAUGAAUGUUUUAAUUCCUUGUAGUAGCAAACAGACUGCAGGUAUGUGCCCAUCAUCCUCAGCAAUGCUUUUCUUAGGGCUGGCUAUUGGUAAUUGGCUCUUAGAGCAGAGUAGACCUGUUUCUUGCUAGAUGAUUGAGCUGUUUACACACCAAGUGACUUCACUUCCUCUGGCUGUUAGCUGAAGGCAGAAUACAGCAGGCCCUUUUAUCAGAGCCUGUUGUACAGAAAUGGCUUAAGAUCCAUUUGUCUCAAAAGCUCCCCUGGCACAUGGUGUGGCCUCUCCAUUUGGCCAAUAAAUGCAGCUACUGUCUUAAACAGCAGAAAGAAUGGGAUCAGCUGUUGCUGCUAGCUAACAGUGAGAGUGAAAUGACGCUGAAGUCAGAAACGUGCCUGUGGAAAACAAGUCACUUGAGCUGCAUCUGACAGAAAAGAAGGUGAAGCACUUUGGUCUCCUUCCUGUCAUGAUAGAGAAUCUGUGCCCAGUAUGGAACAGUAAAUACUUACAGAGGUGGAAAGAAGGCAGUUCUUACUGGGUUGUAACAAAUGGGGCUUGUAUAAAGGAUGGUAGGAAAAGGCCAUGCAGAGGGUGGUCAGACCGUUAAAAUGAAGGGUAUGCUGCAGCAGUCAGCAUGACUUUUACUAUUGCUCCAUCUCGUUUCAAGGUGCCUUGAACUUCACCAAAAUGUCCUCAUAAUUAAGUACUGAUUGCAAUAUCAGCUUGUUAAUAGAUGUUGAAUUUGUUUUGAUGCCUUUAUAAAUUAUUCUAAUAUUACUGAAAGCCAA